AGCACACUCUCUUCUUUUCUCUUUUCUCUCUCUAAUCCUCUCUAUCUUCCUCCUCAAUCCAUUCCCAUACCUCACUCCUUUGCCGCUACGCUCAUAAAAAAUCUUCUCUUUUCUAAAACCCCAAUGCAAAUUUUCACUUACGUCCCCAAACCACGAAACUGAAACAGAGAAAGAAGAUAGAGAUGGAACAGAGCAAUGGUGAAAACGGUUCAGGUGGUCGUGUGAGGUCAACGCAGUUGACCGAAGAUGAGAGAGAGGUUUUUGACAUCCUUGUGAGAUUGCAUGACAUGGUGUUGGAAUUUGAAUCAGAGGUACGAAUACCGUUCCAAUGGGGACGAAAGAAGAAGAGAUCUGCAAUUCAACCUAGCUUUUUCCGCCGUUUCUCUUCUUCUCCGCCGCCGGUGAGUAACGGUGGUGGUGACGGAGGUGUUGUGGCGGCGGCGGUGGUGAAAGGAGAAGCUCCAAGCCCAGCAACUCCUUUGUCCUUAUCGCUAACUGAAUCUGACGAAAAGCCCAAUAACAUAUUAAGAGCCAAAGCCUCUCUCAAAAGGAAGAGAGAACAUUAUCUAAAACUUAUAGAAGAUUUGACUAAGAGCCAAGCUUCGCUGAAUAAGGAGAUAGAAAAUGUGAAGAAUUUCCGUGACCGAUUGAGGGCCUUCAAUUCGAAGUUGAAAGAAAGAAAACUAGAGCUAAAUAAUGGCCCCAAAAGUGAAUGCAAAAAUAGCAGCAUGGAAAUUGGGUGUGAAAUGCAACAAAAAUUGGGCCAUGAUGCACCAAGGAACUCAUCAAAUUCCAUGGGCGAAUAUCAAGAAAACAAUAAGCCUCAUGAGUUGCAUAAUCUACAAGCGCCAAACGCACCACAUCACAUAAGACUGAGGGUCAAUAACCAUUCUGAGGCACCCCAAUUGUGUAGCAGGGAGGGAAUUAAUCAAUUACCAAAAAAAUUGAUGCCAAUGGAAGCACCUUCUUCAUCUUCACCAAAUUCUUCAUUGGCUAUUGUCAACAAUAAUGGUAAUAGUAACAUAGUGCAACCAGUGAUUCCUGAUCUCAACGCCUUUCCUGAAGAUUUCGUUCAGGUGGACUCUUACCAGCCUUUGGAUACGACUGCUGCAAACAAGGAUUUGAGCAGAGUCAUGGCAGCUCAAGCUAGGCAGAUGAGGCUUCAGAAAAACAGGCUCAAGAAUUCUACAGCCACUAAGUCACGAUAUUCUUGUAGAUGAUACUAGUAUGCUUCUUUUCUUCUUUAUUUCUCUCAUCUAAAAUUUUAUUUUCUUUACAAGUUGAAAGUAAUUUUGGUUCGAAAAUUAUAAUAAUCAGAUAAGCUCAUUUUUGAGUUGCAAUUUCACUAUAGCCCCCCUUUUUUUGACAGAUACUAUAGAAUCUUAAAUAUGGUAAUAGGUUUGUUUCCUUUUUUUGUUAAUGUAGCGUUUGCUGGAAUGUAUAUAAGGAAAUCUUUGAGUUUUUGGUAGGAUUAUGGUGAAUGGCAUAAAUUUGGAAACAACAUGUGAUAAUAAAGUUGUAGAUUCCUAGUUUUUAUGGAGAUUUCGUAUCAGAUUUGGAAGCAAUCGUUUAUGACUUAUGAUCCCAACAUGGUGGGAUUAUGAUCACUUUCCACAAAUAAAUACGUUUCAUUCUUUCUUCAUUGGUCAGUUGGGAAAUCUCACACUUACAUCGCCCCUCCUAAAACUAGCCAUUAUAGAGGGGGAAAAAAAAAGUGUCCCCGUCCAGAAUAAAAAGUAAAGAACUAAAGAGGAACAAAAAAAGGAAACAUUUCGAAUUUCAAAUGUCACGCCACAUGCUGCACCCAAUUUAAAAUAAGUUUGCAAAUUCCGUUUAAUUUUUUCAAAUAACAUUUCAUACAUUUAUUUAAUUUGAAAUUUCGAAUUAGUUUCUUUUGACAUUGUUUCUGGUCAGAUUUAGAAAUAAUUAGUUGUUUUUUUUAAUAGAAUUAGUUUUUAUUGUCAUCUAUUUUUUAUUUUUAACAUGUUUUCGGUUUAUCAACAGGGCUGAGGCCCAAAGAAAAGGCUACAACUCAAUUAUUGACUUGGGCUUUUUUACCUGAGAGAUUUAUUGUCAAAUAUUUUAUUUCAGUUAGCAUCCAUGCCAAUGGGUGGAUUGUUAGCUGAAAAAAUGGUCUCAGGCACUGGAUCCAUUACUCAAGAAGACGGCCCGAUAUUGAACCCUGUGAUUUUGAACUUUUUGUUCAUCUUCCUCAUCAAGGAAAGGUCUAUCUCCA